AUGCUGAUCGUUGACUUGCCUGAGGACGUACUGUCCAUUAUUUUCCUUUUCCUGGAUCCAAAAAGCUUUCUCGCUUUAUGCACCUCAACCAAGGUUCUAUAUGCAGACUACCAGAGAAACCCACUGUUCUGGAGGACCAAGGUUGCCACAACAUUCCGUACACCGAUCAGUCCGCUACUGAAAGCCGAUGGUGCUAGAUGGUACUCACUUUACCAGCGAUUGAGGACUCAGACCAGGCUCUACACUUGGGGUCAAGGUGUAAAGGGCAAUCUCGGUCAAGGCGUUGGUCCUCGAUUAGAUCCAAAUCUCCUCCCCGGUUCUCCUAGACCUCAACAGAUCCUACCUCUGCCUCGUAGUCCUCCAGGACCACAUGGCCGUGCCAUGCGUGGUCGCAUCAUUCCUGCUGGACCCAGGCCAACUACUUUUCAAAGAAUCAGCUCUUACUGGCCCACAGAGGCGCAUGUGCCCGACGAUGUUGGUGUUGUUGCUGAUCUACAAUGCGGCGGGUGGUCGACAAUAAUAUUGUCGUCAAGCGGCAAGCUGUACAUAGCUGGUUGUAUCGAUGCAAGAGACGGACGCAUACUUGGUGGACAGACUGAUCGAUUCGAAAGACUGGAGUUCCUAACUCAGAGUACUUCCGCCAUUGCCCAGUUUUCAGCAGGUCGUGCACACGUUCUGGCACUUACCGAUGAUGGUGAAGUGGUGUCGUGGGAUAGAAUCAAUGCCAAGGGCUUGAAGAUAUACUCUCGUCAUGGCGGUAAACUGCCAGGUAAACCUGCGAGAGUCGUUGCAGGUUGGGGGGAAAGUUCAGCCUACGCUCCAGAUGUUGGGAUAAUGUAUUGGUCCCCACCUAAAAAUGACCAAGAAGACGAUAUGGUUGAUGCACGAGAAGUGAAAGAGCGGGUCAUACCAAACACCACUAGAGCGCUCUCUGCGGACGGCACGUUAUAUGAGGUUACUGCACAUGUUGUACUUGAAGGUAUGAUCAUCUGGACGACCGGUGACUCUAAAGUGUGGGCUUGUCAGAUUGACCACGACAACGAAGAGGAUACUGAGCCAAGAGGUCCGUGUAUCCAGUUGCCAGGCUACUUCGACGGUGCAGAUCUGGUCAAAGAUAUCCAAGGCAGUUUCAGGCACUUCGUCGUGUUCACUGGUUCUGGUCGUGUGCUUGCUGGUAAUGUUGACUAUGUACAACUGUGUUUUGGAGCGGCUCAGAGGACAGCGAGGGAGAAUAUCGAUGGACAAACCGACGCCGUUAACCCAUCAACAUGGGCUAAUCUCAAUUUUAUCCUCUCAAGUCGACCGAGAGACAUUCCUGCUUUGCAAAACACAGGGGUCAUUUCAGUGAGGUUCGGGGAUUGGCAUUCUCAUGCCUUGCACAGCGACGGCACCAUUACAAGUCACGGACAUGAACCACAGUCUUGUGGUGCUCUGGGUCUAGGCGAAGCACACCAAGGAGGCAGACUCCGUGGCAUGAUAAAGCCACAAGGCUUGCAUCCAGAUACAAAUCUUCAACCAGUAGCGGAUAUCAGGGGUCGACAAGUCUGGUUUGAGCACGAAAAGCGUGAUUGGCUCGGAUAUCUACAGCAUACUGCUGAGCAGCAUUUUGCUUCACACCAAGACCAGCCUUACUGGCGUGAAAUCUUGCAUGAUCAUGCAAAGCAAACUAUGUUCAGUGAAUGGAUAGAACAGGAAGGCCGGCACUGGGAGGAUGGACCAAUCUCUUGUACUUCGAGGCUGCCAGAAACCAGACAGCAGACGAAGCCACAACACGGCGACGGCCUUGAAUUCAAGACUUAUUUUGCUCUGGCAAUAGGCGCUGCAGGGUGGCACUCAGGCGCUCUCGUGCUCGUUGACGACGACAAAGCCGAACAGGUGCGAAGAAAAUGGAUACGCCAAGACCAUAGUCAAGAAAGAGGUCCAGAAAUUGAAGCACAAGCUAUGCAGCUAGCUUGGACGACAGAGAGCUUCCCACGGACUCAAUUGCCAGAUGGUACCGAAGCACCUGUGGCAGGCGAUCAGGCUCCCGAGCAGACAGUUGAGAAUGCAUUGCGACCUUGGAGAGAUGGCAUGCCUACAAUGCAAGACCUUGGACUAGAGUCUUCGCAAGGCUAG